UCUCAAAAUCCAAACUACAAUUUAAUGUUUGCUUUAAUGGCAAAUGGAAAGGUUUCCAGUUCCACCAUCAUAAAAAUGCCCAUAAUCAACUCCUUUGGCCCACUGGAGAUGUACAUGGAUAAGGAGGAGGGUGUUGCCCUGCAAGCUGAUAAUGGAAACUACUGGAGCUGCAUUUCAUAUGACUCAGGAGAUCAAAAAAUCUACAUUGAAGCCGCAAAAGAGCACAAAGACAGCUGGUGCAAAUUUCAUGUGAGCAAAACUUCAGAUGAUAAGAUCCUUCUGCAGGACAAGAGAGGAAUGUAUCUGAGUAGAUACUGUGAAGAUGACAUUCAGUAUAUUAAACCAGUGAAGUCUUCCCCUGAUGAAUGCUGCGAGUUCCGUGUCUUUACAGAUGAUGCAAAGAUCCUUCUCAGAGCAGACAAUGGACUGUAUCUGAGUAGAAUAUAUCGAAAGCACCAAAAUAUAGAGGCGGCAAAAGAAGGGCCUGAUGAGAGUUGUAGAUUUGCAGUAAGCAUUGGGGAUGUGGUGGAGCCAUCUUUUCAGAUCCUUAAUGUGGAAGUGAAAGACUCCUCGGAGCAUCCAAAGGUGCCCACAGCUGUGGCAGUACAAAGCUACACUAACAAAACUAGCGUUGCUCAGAGCCACACGUUCAAACUCUCUUGGGAGGUCAAGAACACGGAGACUACCACCUGGACCAAUGCUUGGGGUUUCUCUUCAUCAUUGUCCUCUCAAUUCAAACUUUUAGAUUUUGAGGUUACGGUUUCCUAUAAUGGGUCGGUUGGGAAAACUUCUUCUAUAGAGAAGACUUCAACAGUUGCUGAAGAGACCACAGUCGCCAUUCCCCCAGGAACAAAGGUGGAUUGUCAAUUAAUGGUGGUUAAAGAUGAUAAUGCUAUCAUUCCAUUUAAAGCUACAAUUAAGAAAACCGAUCCCAACGGCGUAGAAACCAUCUUCACUGAAGAAGGAACCUGGAAUGGGGUGUGUUAUACAAAUGUGAAUAUUGUUGCAUCUGAAGAAGCAAUUUAGGCAGAUCUCUUCAUAGGUGGUUUACAUUCACAUGUUUUGAAAACUUAUUCCUACACAGUAGGAUUUAGUAAUCUUGGCGUUUUAUUUUUCACUCAAAAUGCUGAGCUGUUCUACCAACUCAAUAUUAAUAGCUUUCAAUUCUUCUGUGUAAUGUAAAUGAUCCUAAAAUAAAUUGGAGCACUGAGGAAACUGGCAUUGCAUGUUAUUUGCAG